UGCACCAGUCCCAUGGUGCUUCAGCCAAGAUGGCCGUCCCUGGCGCUGAAUAGUCAGACUCCGGAGAAAAACACCUUAUUUUCUCCCCAUUCGCCCAGCUUUCCAGAACAAUUCAGCUCCGGCGACGACGUGGGAUGCCCGGCGGUCGUAGAGGUCUGUCGCGGCAGCAGCUGAGCCGGUCUACAAUACCGGUUCAAAGUAUUAGCCCCUCCCAGACUGCCACGUUGCGGGCAAGGAACGGGGGUGGCCACAGCCCCACCAGCCCUCCCCUGGCGGCCCUGAUCACCAUCAUCCCCAUCAAGCACACGCCGUUCCCAGACAUCCCGAUGGAGAACAACAUCGUGUUUGAGUCCAUCCUGCUGAUCUACUUGCUGCUGGCCCUGUUCCUGCAGUACGUCAACAUCUACAAGACCGUCUGGUGGAUGCCGUUCGCCGCAACCAACACCGCAUUGAACUUCUACCUGAUUGACAUCCACCUUGUUGUGUUCAUCUGUGUGAUCCUGGCCAGAAGACUGGUGUGGAAGUUCUUCACAGAGGCUUUUGUGUCGUACGGCUACAACACCGUGACCUUCUGGAUCGUGCAGCCCAUCAAGGUCGUGCUGCUGUUGACCUUGCUGGGGUCGUUGACCUGGACUCUGCUGCCCCUGUACAGCAACAACUCCAUCCUCAACCUGCUGUUCCUCUGUUACCCGUUCGGCAUAUAUCUCCUGUUAUAUGGAAUCGGAAACGAUCAGAUGUACUUAAACAACGAAGACAACCAGGCAACACAAGGGUUCCCCCACCCCCAGUCCUCGGCAAAGUCCAACGGAGAGAGCAGACACCGCGAUGACAGCCGUGCCGUCAGCCGGGACACCAGCACACUGAUAAAAGGACACCUGUGGCCAGACUUCCCCCAGCAUCAGUGUCUGCUCUGUCCACAGUCUAUACGGGAUGAGGUUGAAGUCAUGAAAGCAGAUUUUAACAACAGAAUAAAGGAGAUCCUGUUCAACUCCAUGCUCUGUGCUUACUAUGUCGGAUUUAUCCCAGUCUGUUUUGUACAAAAAUACCUUCACUACGACGUGUGGUGGUCGUGCCAGCACAUCCUGUUUGUGUGGAUCAACACGUUUGUGAUGCUGAUGGCGCAGUACAUUCCCCCGUCCUACUGCGACACGCUGCACAGAUGUGCCAUGCAUCUCGGCAAGUGGCAAAAAGUCGACGGAUACACAAACACACCCCAGCACACGUGGACAGAACUCACCACGUGGCCGUGCGGGGUCCUCAUCAGACACAACAGAAACCUGUUUAAGGCAGUCGGACCACAAAAUGUAGCCAUCCCUUCAGAUGCUUCACACACCAGGUUCUAUAUGUUGUUCAGUAACCCGCUGUGCCUGCUGAACUGCCUGGCCCUGUUGGAGCUGGUUGUGGUGUGUUAUCAGCUGUUCCUCCUCCUCUUCACAGUCUACAAGUGGGACCACAUCCUCUCUGUGUCUCUCAUGCUCUUCGUCAACUACUAUGUCCUCUUCAAACUUCUCAGAGACAGGUUCAUUCUGGGAAAAGUAUACGCAGCUUCUGCUGAAGCUAGCCAAACCUAAAAAAAUAGUGCAGAAUGACUGCAGAAAU